AGGGAAAGAGGCGGAGCGGAAGGAGAAGGAAGCAGCGCGAGCCUGUCGUAUAACCGCCGCGUUGGGUGUCGGAGCAGCGCCGUGCGACCCGGACCUCCCAAUUUCGCUCUGCUAAGAGACAGAAGGAAGAAAAACAAUGUGGCUCACCUUUCACCUGGAAAGGUGAAUAUAUAGCUUUCUAAAAAAGAUGGCCGACAAGAGUGGAAAAAUUCUUCCAGGUCCAUUAUACAUUGAAGUUGAAUAUGACUAUGAGUAUGAAGCAAAAGACAAAAGGAUUGUGAUAAAACAAGGGGAGAGAUACAUCUUAGUGAAAAAGACUAAUGAUGACUGGUGGCAAGUUAAAAAGGAUGAAAUUUCCAAGCCCUUCUAUGUGCCAGCACAAUAUGUCAAAGAAGUAACUCGCAAAGCACUAAUGCCACCUAUUAAGCAAUUAGGUGGACUGCCAAACAGCUCUCUAAAAGCUAUGCAUGGCUUACAGAGGUCAACAGAAAAUGUGAAUAAGUCUCCAGAACUUUCUAGUUUUGGAAAAACACCUCCAGUUCAAGUAUCUGGCCUAGUUCGGGAUGCCAAUCAAAAUCUGGGACCAAGCAGUAGCCCAGGACAGAAUACUGGACUGAGCCUGGACCUUGCCCAAAAUAAUGGGAAAUUUUUUGAAUUACAGUUACCCAAAGUUUCCAAUCAGAACAGGACCUUUUCUGUGUCCCACUUUCCUUAUUCUGAAUGUAUGGAAAUAGAAAAGACCAGUUUCUUGCAAGAACAAUCCUGUGACUCAGCCGGAGAAAGCUCAGAAAAAACCCACCAAGAUUCAGAAUCUGGAGAUGAACUUAGCAGCAGUUCCACAGAACAAGUGCAGCCAACAACACCACCAAGCCAAGGAAGGCCAGAUUCACCAGUUUAUGCUAACUUGCAAGAACUGAAAAUAUCUCAAUCUGCACUCCCGCCUUUACCUACGACUCCCCCAAUCCAGAUUAAUGGGGAAUGGGAGACCCAUAAAGAUACAACAGGGCGUUGUUACUAUUACAACAAAGGAACACAGGAGAGAACCUGGAAGCCCCCACGUUGGACUCGGGAUCCAAGCAUAAAUAAAGGAGACUCUCUGAACCAAGUAGAUCAAGAGAGUCUUUCAUCACAAGAAAACUCCCACAGUUGUUGUAACAGCCAGUCAGAUAGUCAGUAUGGUUCUCCUCCCAAAGGGUGGUCAGAAGAGUUGGAUGAACAUGGGCAAAUGCUAUAUACCAGUGACUAUACUAAUGAAAAGUGGAUAAGGCAUGUAGAUGAACAAGGUCGGUCAUACUACUACAAUGCAGAUGGAACCCGAUCAGAAUGGACACUGCCGAAACACAAUGCUUCACCACAACAGCAAAGGGAGAUAAUUAAAAGCAGGAGUCUGGACAGAAGGCUACAAGAACCAAUAGUUUUAACAAAAUGGAGGCACAGCUCAAUUAUGUUGGACACAAAUGACAAGUUGUCAACUAAUUCUUCUGAACCUCUCUUGCAUAAUCCUGCAUAUUUGUUCCCAACACAUCAGGAGCAAGAUUCUCCAAUUGCUUCAAAUGAGUCAUCUCCUUCCUCACCAAAGCAUCAAGCCGUGGACCAAGAGAAGUAUGGAUUAUUAAAUGUAACAAAAAUUACAGAAAAUGGGAAAAAAGUUCGAAAGAAUUGGAUGUCAUCAUGGGCUGUAUUGCAGGGUUACUCAUUAUUGUUCACCAAGACUCAAGGAAGUGGGACUAGUUGGAAGUUUGGGGUCAACCAGUCUAAGCCGGAGUUCACAGUGGAUCUCAGAGGUGGAUUUAUUGAAUGGGCUUCAAAGGAGAAAUCCAGUAAGAAGAACGUGAUUGAGCUGAAAACACGACAAGGGACAGAACUAUUAAUCCAAUCGGAUAAUGAUAUUUCUAUUACUGAAUGGUUUAAAGUUCUCGGUUAUGCUAUCAGUAAUCAGACUAUAGAGUCUGAUGAAGCGUUAGAUGAUGAAGUGCCAGAUUCUCCUGGGGUAGAAAAACAGGACAAAGAAAAGGACCAUAAAGACUCCAAAAAACUUCGCUCAAUAAAGCUAUCUAGCAGCAUUGAUUGUUCAGAACAGAAGAAGACCAAAACAAAACUGAAGAAAUUUUUGACCCGCAGGCCCACAUUACAAGCAGUCCGGGAAAAGGGCUACAUCAAGGAUCAAGUAUUUGGUUGCAAUCUAAGCAGUUUGUGUCAACGAGAAAACAGCACUGUGCCAAAAUUUGUGAAGCUCUGUAUUGAGCACGUUGAAGAACAUGGAUUGGAUGUUGAUGGAUUGUACAGAGUUAGUGGCAAUCUUGCAGUAAUACAGAAGCUAAGAUUUGCAGUUAACCAUGAUGAAAAACUGGACCUGAAUGAUAGCAAAUGGGAAGAUAUCCAUGUCAUUACAGGAGCUCUGAAAAUGUUUUUUAGAGAAUUGCCAGAACCACUAUUCACUUAUAGUCAUUUCAAUGACUUUGUCAAUGCGAUCAAACAAGAGCCUAGACAACGUGUUCAUGCUGUGAAAGAGUUGAUUAAACAGUUGCCAAAGCCAAAUCACGAUACCAUGCAGGUACUCUUCAGACACCUCAAGAGAAUUGUAGAAAAUGGAGAGAAGAACCGAAUGACCUAUCAAAGCAUAGCCAUAGUUUUUGGUCCAACCCUCUUAAAACCGGAGAAAGAGACUUGUAACAUAGCAGUGCACACUGUGUAUCAGAACCAGAUUGUAGAGUUAAUCCUACUGGAAUUGAACUCCAUCUUUGGACGCUGAAUUUCUCCGAUGAAAUUGACCCUAGUAGGAGAAGAACUUGGCUCUGACAGAAACUGCAUCUCUUUUUUACAUGAUGAAUUUGUGGACCAAGCAGCAACCUGAUGUUUUUGCACUUUUGUGGGAGAGGGAAGAGUGUGAUUUAAAAAAAAAAAAAAGCUGAUUUUUUGUGUGUGGAAGCUAUUAAAACUUUGAAAUUCUUUACACUUAAUGUUAUGAAUAUUUUAAGAUUCAUACAUUUUAGUAACACUUAAACUGCAGGUCUAUUAUAGAUGUACACACUGGAUUCCAUGGUGAGAGCAGCUAAGCGUAAAUCUCAGUCUGGAUAAUCUGGAAUAGCAUUUUAAAAUUGGUUUUUAAUAUUAGGUUUGCCACUUGCUUUGGGGAAGUUUAACCCUAUCAACUGACUUGGAAAACCUCCACGGGCAUUUAGUGAAUUAUUACAUGAUAUGCUUACAUGUUAAACCUGUAAGAAAAGUUCUGUAUCUUGUCCACAAGGUUUCUACAUUCAUUUGACAGACUUCAGCAGAUGGUAACAGUGGCCAGUGUAUAUUCCUCACACGAGGUUUGCUUUUAUGUUGUUGUUUUGAUUUUGUUGCACAGACUCUUGCUGGCUCUCUUGAUUGCACACUAGUAUUAUUUCAAACGCAGAACUGGUACACAUAUCCAAGGCUAUACCAUGGUCUGUCAUGAACCAGACCUUUCAACUAAUAAAGUUGUUUUGUUUUUCAGGUUAUGUUUUGGGCUAUACUUUGUUUGCAAUUAAAUCAUAUUUAAACAAUCCUAACUUUGAAGGUUAAUUUUAACAUUGUUCUGAAUUCUUGGUAUGUAUCUGUGGUAGUGAACUUGGAUGUAAAUACAGACUGAAGCCCUAACUUUUUUAAAAAAUAUAUCUAUAUACACUGUUGUAUAGUCUCAGAGUACUUUCUAGCCCUACAUUUCUAAUCAUGUGUAUCAUAUUGUGAUGCCUCAAAUGGUUUCUUGGUUUCCACAGAGAAAUGGGCAACUUGGAAAGAAAAAACC